GUCAUCUCCGUGCGACACAGCAUUUUUUCACCUGCCGGCAGCUAUCAUCAGGCGAGGAGACACUGGAGUUUUUGACCCUGAAAAUGAACCUUAAGAGGAUUUUCCUAGUCAAGUGCUUGCUGCUUUUAUUUCCCAGUGUAAAAUGUGCUGUCACCAAAUGGAUUUACAGGGCAGUGAACGACUCUGCUCUUCUUCAUGUCCCUGCUGCUGGGACCGUACACGAAGUAACAUGGAUGAGAGAUGAGAAAAAGUUACUUCAGAUAAAAGAUAUGAAAACCAAGUAUUACGUGAACAAGGGCCAGUGCAGGUGUAAGAUACUCCUGAAUGGGACUCUGCAAAUUGAGCAGCUGGUGAAAAAUGAUAGUGGAAAGUACGGAGUCCUUGUUUAUGGAAAGGAUGGAAAGUUUAAGGCAGAAGAGGACACAAUGCUCGUUGUUCAGGAACCCGUCCCUCAGCCAAACCUCAGCAUUUACUGUGUUAACAGAUCUAUAUUGGUGACAUGUGAAGUGAAGCAGAAGACUGAUGACCAUACAUUUAUGAUAGAAGUGACGCGAGAUAAAAACAAAAAAAUCCAAAAGAACGCGACAAAGGUGGAAUUUCAUACACAUUACUCUGGGCCAUUCAAAUGUGUUGUGAAGAACCAAGCCAGUGAAAAAUCAACUGAGAAGAAAAUCAAGUGUUCAGGCCAGCUGGACCUUUAUCUCAUCUUAAGCAUAGCAGGAGGCCUAAUCUUCUUUGCAGUCUUCAUGACUUUGCUUAUUUACUGUAUUAGGAAGAAGAGAGCAGAAAGGCUUGAAGAAGAUGAUGAGGAGAGAAUGAUGCAAAUUCGCCAGGUGGACACCGAAAUGAUGGUCCGGGAGCUCCCCCAGCCACCAUCCAACCCUCCCCUGAAGCAGGCACGCGUGCAGCAGAGGCCUCUGCCACAGCCACAGAUGCAGCAGCAAGCAGUGCCCCCACGGCCCAGGCCGCGCACUCAGCAGCGAACUCCAAACCGCCCAAGAGAAAGACCUUAAAUGACCGCCUUGGGCAGGACAGAGGACUCUCUGCUCCAUGAUUCACUGGAAAAAGAAAGUUUUUAAUAGUCAGGAACCCCUCCUGCCCUAGGGUUGCAUAACGCUCAGCUAUGAAGUGGCAGCUUUUGUUGCAGAAAAUUAGGGAGUGCGUUAAAUGGCUCCCAGUGGAAGAGAUUCGUAGUGAUGGAGGUUCAUCCCUGUGGCCAUUCUUCUUUAAGUGACUUCAGGCUAAGGUAUGGAGCAUUGAGCCUUGAAACCUGUGUCUUUCUGUGAUUCAUUUGUUUUUAUUGCUUCUCAUUAUCUUCUUGUUUUUUGGAUGGGUUAUAUCAAGAAGGAUCUAAAGCUCUAGUGAGACAACAUGGGCUUAUUUCUCUUAACAUAGUUUUGUCACAUGUCUUUCUUUCCUGCCUCCCCACAUUCAGACAGCCCUCUGGCUUCAGCAUCAAAUCCAUGAUCUUCUGGACAGAAAAAAAAUUGCGUGUAAUUAAACAUCUAAUGUUGAAAGAAUUGGUGCUGUCUAAUGCAGAGAAAAGAUGGAGGGGAGAUAGGAGAGCCUUUGUGUGUGUGUGGAAAAAAAAGCAAGUGGGAAAGGAGUAAGCUAUCCAUCUUCUCUACCAUGUUUAGAACAAUAAAGCAUGGACUUAAAUUGC